AUGUAUGAACAAAAAGAAGUUAUUCUUUCCGUGACUAAUAAUGUGUUGAAAUCCCCUCCGUACGAUCGUCAGCAGCCGAGCACAGAAUCGCGAAUGCAGAGAAAAAAAUUACAAACUAACAGUGAACAACAAAGAAAUAAUAAAAAAAUAUUAUCAGCCACGGUAGCUGAUAUGAUAGUUGUUAUUUUGAUUUCAUAUUACGUUCUACAAUAUCAUAUCAACAGCGAUUUAAGCACAGUAUCCUUUCUUUAUGCAUCCUUAGAAUGA